CUAGCAGUUGACAUUUCAAUGCUAUUUGUUCGGUCACUGCGUUUACAGAUGAGUUACCAAUUUUUUUCAGCGGCCCGUUACCACAUACACACUAUAGUUUAGCAUUCUACUGUGCCACAGGUUACAAACAUGUGCAUUUACUAACCAGACUUUACUGGUCACGCCCCUAACCGGAACAACGGGAUAGCAAAUAGUAACUUUUCAGGGAAACGGAACACGAUCAUAAUAAUUUUAACCUGUCAUUUCUAAUUUUCCACUGUUUGUUUUUAACAAUUUUAAAUUAAAGGUUAAUUUUGUUUUGAAAAAUCAAUUUGUUCAAAUAUGGUAUUUAGAAGAUUUUUCCACCCUCGCCAUUUUAAUCAACUUAGGAACUAUUGUGGAAGAAAAACAGAUUCCAAAUCUCCAAACAUUGAUUCCUUUAAAACAAAACCAGACACAUUCAGUAGACUUGGAGACGAUGGAACUUCAAAAAUCAUUAACGGAGAUGUAUUACCCAAAGACAGUCAAAUAUUCAAUGCUAUUGGAGCAACAGAAGAACUUUUAAGUUAUUUAGGGUUAGCAAGGGAACAUGGUCAACAAUCAGAACAUGAAUACACAGAUAAACUCAAACGAAUUCAGACAAUAAUAAUUGAUAUUAGUACGGCAAUUUCCCGAUCUAACAAAUCAACUAUACCUCUAGCAUAUACUAAAGAACUAGAAGACUGGAUUCAUGAGUAUUCUAAACAGUUACCUGCACCAGAGCAAUAUAUAAUACCAGGGGGAGGAGUAGCCAGUGCAUCAUUGCAUGUGGCUAGAGCUAUAUGUCGUAAAACUGAGAGAAUAAUAGUACCGCUGGUGAGACAAGGUACUUUGGAUAAGGAGGCACAAAUUUACCUCAAUCGUUUGUCAGAUUUUCUAUUUACAAUUUCCCGGGUAGCUGCCAAACAAGAUCAGCGUGUAGAAAGUAUAUAUAUCCCCAAACCGGAUGAAAAAAUUCAAGCUCAGUAAAUAUAUUUUCUAUCAAGUAAUUGCGUCAGAUUGUUUGCUUGUAAAAGUUGUAUGUGAGCUUUCAUUAGUAAAUCAAAAAUAAUGUUGAAGGGAAUAGAGUUAGUUUGAAAUUAUUUCAUUUUUAUUCUCUUCACACCCUUGAUAGGGGAGCUAGAUAAGUUGAUAAAUUGCUUCAAGUAUUGCAUUUUACUUAUAAGUUUUUUAACAAUUAAUUUUUUUAGGGUAUUAUGCCUUUUGAGAGAAAAAUAACUGGCCAAUUUCCAAUCAUUGUUAGCAAAAAAACGUGUUUUAGAGUGUAUAUAUCAUGUAAGGAACUGAUGAAUGUUAUUCGUUAUGUAAUUAAAUGAAUAAUUAAAA